CCUGUCCUGCUCUCAAAGAAUUUAAUAUUGUGGUGGAGACAAACAUUUUUAGAUUAAAAAGUGCUAAGGUACAGGCGAGUAUGAAGGGUCAUGUGAGCACGAAGUAGGGCAUCUGUGCCCAACUGGAGAAUUAGGGCAUGUUUUCUUUUGGUGGAAAAUCAUGUCCGAACUGAAUCUUGAAGGAAGAGCAAAAUUUAGCCAGGUGAAGUGAAGUGGAACAAGGAUCCCAAAAGACCCAGGUUUGUGCUGAAUACAGGAACUGCAAAAGGUACCAGGAGCAAUCUGUUUCUAAUAUGGCAAAGUAGAAGGAGGAGAGUGCCGAGCCCAUCACAAAGUAGGCUGGAUAAUAAGCAACAACAAUAAUAAAUUCCUAAGCGAACUAUUAGUUAAAGCUCAAAAAUUUGAGUUGUACUCCAAAAGUCGCCCCCAUCUCGGCCUCGGCUCAGCAGAGGCGCGAAGACUGGAGCAAAUACCGUGCGGCGGAACGGAUUUUUCGGGCGUUGGGGGCGCGUUUCUGGGACGGACCGGAGAAAGGAAGUGUGCUACAGUAUCUAAGGCACCCGCUCCCGGCUUCCGCGGGGCUUGUAUUGGGUCUUUCGGGUCCCGGCUCUGCCGCGCUGGCCUGAGCCCUUGGGUCUCCGGAGACGAGUGGAGGCGGCCUCAAGCUCAGGACCUGCCGGUUUCUGCCUCGGACGCCACGGGCUGAUCUUAGCCGCUGCUCGUUGGCUGUUCUUGCUGACCUUGGUCCAGGGUCGGAGCCAAUGGCAGCUUGGGCUGCCGUCAGCCUGAGCAGGGUCGCUGCCCGGUGCUUGCGGGGAGCUCUAGGCCCCGGGGUCCGGGCGGCUCUUUCACCCACCCUCGCGGCUUCCCAGCCUGAGCCCACGGGCUGUACCAGCGCCCCGGGCAGGACGCUGCACCUCACGGCGGCGGUCCCCGCCGGGCACAACAAGUGGUCCAAAGUCCGGCAUAUCAAGGGUCCCAAGGACGCCGAAAAGAGUCGCAUCUUCUCCAAGCUCUGUUUGAGCAUCCGCCUGGCAGUUAAAGAAGGAGGCCCCAACCCUGAGCACAACAGCAGUCUGGCCAACAUCUUAGAGGUGUGUCGCAGCAAGCAUAUGCCCAAGUCAACGAUUGAGGCAUCGCUGAAAAUGGGGAAAACCAAGGAUGUUUAUUUGCUGUAUGAGGGCCGAGGCCCUGGCGGCUCUUCUCUGCUCAUUGAGGCAUUAUCUAACAGUGGCUCCAAGUGCUAUUCAGACAUCAGACGUAUCCUGAACAAGAAUGGGGGAAUGAUGGCUGAUGGAGCUCGCCACUCUUUUGACAAAAAGGGAGUGAUCGUGGUUGGAGUGGAGGACAAAGAGAAGAAAGCUGUGAACCUAGAGCGUGCCCUGGAGCUGGCAAUUGAAGCAGGAGCUGAAGAUGUCAAGGAAACUGAAGAUGAAGAGGAAAAGAACAUUUUUAAAUUUAUUUGUGAUGCCUCUUCACUGCAUCAAGUGAGGAAGAAGCUGGACUCCCUGGGCUUGUGUUCGGUGUCCUGUUCUCUAGAAUUCAUCCCCAAUACAAAGGUGCAGCUGGCUGACCCUGACCUGGAGCAGGCCGCCCUUCUCAUCCAAGCUCUUGGCAACCAUGAGGACGUGAUCCAGGUCUAUGACAACAUUGAGUAACUAGCUCUGUGAGCCCCAGGGGGCCUUUCUAGGCAGCUGGCAGCUCAUUCUGGAGCACACGCUUCUGCAGUGACUGAGACUGAAGCAGACUGGAGGCCUUCCAGGGUAGGAGGCAUAAAACCAAGACCUGCGUGGAUACGGGAGUGGCCAAAGGAGUCACUGCAUCUCCGUGGGGCCUCUUUGUCAGCUCUGCUGGUGUCUCAGAGCCCUCCUGGCUGUAGGGAGGAGACAGCCAGGUAAUCAGACUCCGAUCUUAGGAAGUUGGUCCUUGGGGGAACAGCAGGUACCCUGAGGGCCCUUUUACUAGAAUCUUCUCUUAAAUAAUAUAACUGAGCUUUGCGCAGUGGCAGUAUCGUAGCCAAUGAGGUUUAUCCAAGGCGCGAUUAUUGCUAAUUAAAUAAUAUAACUGAUCUGGGUUGCUACACUCCUGUUGUGUGGCUGUCGUGUUUUCCUGGGUUUUUGUCCAGCUGUUGGGACCCUCUGACUUCCUUUGAAGUCUGUAGGUUUAAUUCUACUACUCCAGUCCCAGGCUUUUUUUUUUUUUUUGGACCAGAGAAAUGUAAAUCUCUAUGGCACACCACUUUGCCCUAAUGCUGGUCUGGUGGCCUAAACCUGUCAUUAAUCAUGCAUAUAGUAUUUACCAAACACCUGUGUACCAGGAACUGUACUUAACCAGGAGCAUAAGCUGUUUAGUUGGUGCCCUGUGUUAGAUCCUGUUCUUAAGACCUAGGACCUCAGAGGUCAGACACAGGACUGCUGUCUGCUGGAACUGCCCUAGGGCAGUGUGAGCUGCUGUGCAUGCCUCCUUGUUCUCUUCUUGUGGCCUCCUUGCCCUCAUUCUGCCAGAGAGCUUAAGGCUCUAACCCAGUGGGAAAUCAAGUGCCAGUGAUAAGGGACUCCCAGGCCCUGUUUCACCCAGGGCCCUAUGUGUUCUGAGAUUGGCCAGAGCGGACCUCUCAGCAGCGCUACUUGGUCACCAGAAUGCCCGCCCUAGCUCCUUUUCAUCCCUGCUGCCAAAUGCUGGAGCACUGGGAACUGCAGAGGAAACGGAAACAGAAGGAAGGGUGAAGGGCUGAGUCAGAGCCUGGCCAGCUGGGAAAGAGGACCCUGUGUACCUUUGGCUCCAAAGUGUCAGUUUUGGGUUUUGAGAGACCAGGAGUGCUAGUCCCUGUGCAGGAGCCCAUCAAGCAUGUCAGGCCUGGAGUGGCUUAUUGAUCCCCGUUAUUCACCUACUUACAAGUUGUUUAAGCCAGUUCUGAGAUCAGAGUAAUUUUCCCAAAGGAGCUUCAGGUAAAUGAGGAAAAGAACAAAAACCAAGUUAUAAAUAAUAACUUCAGCUUCUAAAAAAAACAGAUUACUAAUUCCAUGAUGACUUAAACAAUCGGAGAGCAAAGGCUAAGGAAAGGAAAACCAAUGAAAUAACCCACAAAAAUGCCAAAGCAUAUGCUCUUAUACCUCGUUACAUAACACGAUACCACCUGGCAUUCUUUACUUUUUUUGCUUUGUUUUGUUUUGUUUCAGAGACUUAUUUAUUUGUGAGAGAGAGAGAGCAGGGAGAGGGGCAGAGAGAGAGAGAGAAUCCCUAGAGGCUCCACACUCAGCACAGAGCCCAACGCAGGGCUUGAUCUCACCACCCUGAGAUCAUGACCUGAGCUGAAAUCAAGAGUCGGAUGCUUAACAGACUGAGCCACCCAGGCAUCCCACAUUCUUUAGUUUCUAAAGGAGAUAACUCAUCUAGAUAUCUGAUGAGCACAUCCUCAAAAUAGUGCAAUUUAAAGUGCUGCUUUGUAAUUUUUAAGAUACUUUUACAUGUUAUUUAUUUGAUUUUCACAGCAAACCUAUAAAAUAAUCAGGCCAAGUAUUUUAUGCACAAAUGGUCUAAUAGCAAGCAGGUGAGAGUAGGUCUAAGACUCUUACAUCGAUAGACCUUGGUUUAUAAAAAGAACUGUUUUGUAAAUGUUGAAUAUAAUUUGGAAGAAUCUGAUAAUUUCUGAUCUGAGAAAUCUGGACCAGGAGAGCCUGCUCUGGAAAGGAAAGUGGCUAUUCACGUGAAUAGUUUUCCAAUCUAAUAGAUAGGAUUUGUUUGAAAGGAUUUUUGUGUAACGGCUUUCUUACAUCAAGGCUUUGAGUGGCUCUGCACUGACCCCUGUUGGUGCCCUGCAGUCUUUCCUGCGGCUAAUGUGGGAAAGGCAGAAAUGGAGCCUUAUUUGGACCUGUUUAGCCUCUAAGUCUGCUAAAGAGACCCUUAACUACAUAGGUUAAAUAGUUAAGUAACUAUUUAACUGAAUAAGUAGAGAGGAUAUGUGUUAUUCUGCCCCUAAAAAUUAUUUUCUGAAGAAUAUUUUAUGUCAAAGAAUGUUUACAAUGUAAUAUUAAGUGGAAAACAAAGAUGUAAAGCUAUAUGUAUAGUAUGGUCCAAAUUUGAAAAUAUAAUCAUACUUUAUCUAUGAACUUUUAAAAAAAAGACUAGGAGGAAGUGUAGCAAAAUCUCAAAACUGGUUAUCUGUGGGUGGUAAUGUUAUCACUGAGCUUUAUUUUCUAUAGUCAUAUAUUUUAUGAGCGUAAACAUUUAAAAAAAAAAGAAAACUAGUCACAUCAUUGUCCAGCUAGGGUGACAGCAUGUGAGUGACCAGGAAUCAGGCAUACCUUAACCUCCAAAGAAUGAGAUCUGGUCUUGGCUUGCCUUUGCCUUAUAGUCUGUCAUCGUCUUAGCAGACAAAAUCAUUCAAUGCCUUGCAGCUGGCUUUGGCUCACUUUCAAGUGACCUUUCCAUGGGAUGGAAGUAUUUGUGACAGGUUCCGUCCACAGCCUUGCCUCUCACAAGAAGCGUUCACAUGGUACAUAGCUGCCUUCCCUCUGCCAGAGGCCUCAGCUGAAUCGAACAGAAACCAUGAAAGCUCUGCUUCCAGUCCACAAUGGAAAUUCAGCCAUGGCCAGAGUUACUCUUUUGGUUUUAUGUUUUGUUUUGUUUUACUCUCUGAAACUUACAGCACAACAGUCAAUAAAACUUCACACUUGAAGAAAC